AUGGCUUUGACGGUGGCGAAGACUGCGUUGGAGGCGAUUAGAGAGAAAGGUCUCGGCGGUUUCCUCCGGAUGAUCCGAGAAGAAGGCUUCCUGAGAUGCCUACCAGAUGGGAACCUCUUGCAAACUAAAAUACACAACAUAGGAGCAACUCUUAUUGGUGUCGACAAGUUCGGCAACAAAUACUACCAGAAGCUGGGUGAUACUCAAUACGGUAGACACAGAUGGGUAGAGUACGCAUCGAAGGAUCGUUACAACGCAUCUCAAGUACCAGCCGAAUGGCACGGAUGGCUUCAUUUCAUCACCGAUCACACUGGAGAUGAGCUACUGAGUCAGAAACCAAAACGGUAUGGGAUUGAGCAUAAAGAGAACUUCUCUGGAGAAGGUGAUGCAUACAUUUACCAUUCUAAGGGACACACCUUGAACCCAGGGCAAAAGAACUGGACUCGGUACCAACCAUGGGUACCCACCAAGACCAAGUAA